AUGUCCAACGACAGCUCCAUUACCGAGUUCCUCCUCCUGGCAUUCGCAGAUACACGGGAGCUGCAGCUCUUGCACUUCUGGCUCUUGCUGGGCAUCUACCUGGCUGCCCUCCUGGGCAACGGCCUCAUCAUCACCGCCAUAGCCUGCGACCACCGCCUCCACACCCCCAUGUACUUCUUCCUCCUCAACCUCUCCCUCGUCGACCUGGGCUCCAUCUCCACCACUCUCCCCAAAGCCAUGGCCAAUUCCCUCUGGGACACCAGAGACAUUGCUUACUUGGGAUGUGCUGCAGAGGUCUUUUUUUUCUUUUUCUGUGCUACAGCAGAGUUUUAUCUUCUCACCGUCAUGGCCUAUGACUGCUAUGUUGCCAUCUGCCAACCCCUGCACUAUGGGACCCUCCUGGGCAGCAGAGCUUGUGUCCACAUGGCAGCAGCUGCCUGGGGCAGUGGGCUUCUCAAUGCUGUGCUGCACACUGCCAACACCUUUUCCCUACCACUCUGCCAAGGCAACGCCCUGGACCAGUUCUUCUGUGAAAUCCCCCAGAUCCUCAAGCUCGCCUGCUUGGGUGCCUACCUAAGGGAAGUUGGGCUUCUUGUGAUUACCGCCUCUUUUGGUUUUGAGUGUUUUGUUUUCAUCGCGCUGUCCUAUGUGCAGAUCUUCAGGGCCGUGCUGAGGAUCCCCUCUGAGCAGGGACGGCACAAAGCCUUUUCCACGUGCCUCCCUCACCUGGCCGUGGUCUCCCUUUUUCUCAGCACCUCAUUUUUUGCCUACCUGAAGCCCCCCUCCAUCUCCUCCCCAUCUCUGGAUCUGGUGGUGACUGUUCUGUACUCAUUGGUGCUUCCAGCAGUGAACCCCCUCAUCUACAGCAUGAGGAACCAGGAGCUCAAAGAUGCACUGAAGAAGCUGAAGAAACUACGUAGCUGCUGCUUCUAG